AACAACUUCCCUAAUUAAAAUCGAAUUAUAAAAUCGUUUAGUUCAAAUGUGGGAGAUAUAUCAAUUUUUUAUUUUGUUUCAUUAGAAUAUAAUUAAAUGGAACAUUAUUUGCGAGUACUUGCAGCCUACGUACUGCUGUGACUGUAGGCAGGAUAAAAAUUAAAAAAUUAAUUUAUUAAAACAAUAAAAGUUUAGUUUAACUUUAAAGGGACAUGCACACUCAGACUUUUAUUUUUAAGAUUCAGGAAGAUAAGAUGACUAAAAACAGGCAUGUGAAGUUUCGACCUGUAUAAGAAUACACAGACGGCCAGCCACAGAAUACAAAAAUGAAAACUUGUCGAUGCCUGUUCUGGAUUGGUUCCCUGUGCACGUGUUUGUUGGCUGUGAUUGUGGGCAUUAUCCUCCACAAGGCUUACAGGCCCGAUGUACCUGCCUACCUGCUGGAGAGCAUAGGGGAGGAGGGGGUCCAGGUCUUCAUGGCAUUUGACCGGGACGGGGAUGGGUAUCUGUCCAUGGAUGAGUAUGAAGAACUCUACCUUUCUAUGCUGGAUUCUAAACAUGGACAGACCAGUCUGCAAACUAAAGAGUACACUCAGCCUAUUUCGGCAGAUGAUGAAGUCAUAACAUUGCAGGCACGUUUUCAGCCCAUCGUUAGGGAAAGCAUGACAAGAUCAAAACAAGAGGGAAUACAGAGUGAUGAGACGGCCCUGCCUGGACUGAUGAACUGGACGAGGCCUUUCAAGGAGUGGCAGACUUUUGCAGUGCAGAAUUUCCUGAACUUCUUCCCGAGGGAGAAUCUCAACGUAGGGGCGGUGUAUCACCUGGUGAAGGAUGAGAGAACAUUCCUUGAAAAACUUGAUGGAGAUUUGUCCAGCAAUCGUUACUAUCCCCCCGAUGUAAAGGACGAGCAUGUUAUUCUCCACCGGUUGCUACAGAUGUUCCAUCCCCGUCCAUUCAUAAUGUCGAGAUUUAAACCCAGAGGCUCAAUGGCAGUCUUGAGAGCGAAAAGUGCCACACACCUUGACAUACUGUUUAGAAUGCAUGCAGAGUUCCAGCUGAACGAGUUGCCUCACUACCCACUCUGGUUUACCCCGGCUCAAUUCACUGGCCGAAUCAUUGUGACCAGGGACCUUCGGCAUAUUGAACACUUCAAUGUUGUUGUCCCAACCUCUAAGAAGCUCAAUGUUGACAUGGAGUGGUUAGAGUCAGGGUCAAACAUGGUUGUGGACAUUGGCUUUAUGCCUGAAAUGGCUCUGCAGUCCACCUCACCGUCUGUCCAUGUUUCAGAGGUUGGCAAUUUAAAUGAGUCCUUGCCAGAACAACCAUUCAACCCUGACACAAUCAAAUGGGAGGAUGAAAUUACCAUGGAAAUGGCAAAUCGAAAUAUGGAGGUCAUUUUUUUCCCAUUUAAAGAAGUGACUUAUCACAACUUGACUGAGUCGCUACGGCUUGCUCAGGCUGAAGACAAGCUGGUGCACCACAUUCUGCUGUGGGGGGCACUGGACGACCAGUCAUGCUGAGGUUCGGGACGCACUCUCCGGGAAAUUGCCCUCGGGAGUGCGUCCGUCAUGGAAAUCCUCCGCAAGAGGUUCAUUAGUGGCUGGUCACUUCUGGCAGACCUUGAGGCCUUGAAAGAGGAUUCGGUGAAGCCAGAAUAUGUGCAAGUUGCCAGACAUUUCUCAGCUCACUAUGCCUUCCCUGUUAUGAUGUAUGUGGCCUACUCUAAUGGCACUAUUGCUCAUAAAUUUAAUGCCAAUGAUUUCUUGGAUUCACAGAAAAACAUCAUGGAAGAUGGCCUAGCGUCGUUGAGCAGUGCUGCCCUCUAUGAGCGGUUUCUGCUUGAUGGCGUGGCGCGAUGUGCCCAUGGGGAGGUGGCUCUCCUACAGCCAGAGGACGGCUCCAAUGAGUGGCAGAAGGAACCAGUCCGCUCACCCUAGUUGAUGUUUCACAGAUUAAGGCUUUGGUGUCACACUCCUUUCCACCCAUCUAUGAAAAAUCUCAGUCUAAAGUCCUAACUAAAAAUAAUGAGCCUUGCUCUGGCAAAACAGGGCUUAAUGCAUGUGUGUAAAGUGUUGUCCACUCAGGCGUAUCAGAGAUGAUACUUUAUGAUUUAAGUGGAUUUUCACUGAGAAGUUUGGUCCCUGAAUAGCCUGUUUGGACUCAGGCUAAACUGUGACUACACUUUAUGCACAUAUUUAGCCCAAUUUUUCCAGUGAAUGGCUAAAACUUGAGUCUCUACUUAAAAUAAAUACAAAUUAACACUUAAAAACCUUCAAAUACAUGGCGCCUGGCUGUAAGAUAUGGGCAUCUAAGCAGCCACUGUCCAAAAUUUGGUGGAUGAAUUCGAUUAAUUUAUUUGUAUUUAUCAAAAUAUAUAACAAAACUUUUGUAUAGAAUUGAUUGCUGUGCAUGUAAAUAUAGAUCUCAGUACCUUUGUUGACCAGCAAAAUGUUGAAUAUUUCCAAAUGUUUUAUUUGUUUAGCCCUUUUACUCAUCGGUUUAGUUACACAUUUUUCUAAACUAUUGUCCAUUCAAAAAAACCAACAUUCCUUAUCAUUUCUGGGCUAGAGUGAAACUGUUUUGUUAUAUACAUAUAGAUCAUCUGAUUUGGUAUUUCAACUAAAAAGUACCGGCUGCAGGAUAUAUUUUAUAUUUUACAGUGUAAAAUCAAUGUCUGAAUUCAAAAGCUGGAAAUUCUGAAGUUUUGAAUGACUUUUUUGAUGUACAUACAAAUCAGAAUUAUAUCAUGAUGGGAUAAUAAUAUUUACUUCAUUCAAUAUUAUGUUUUUGUUUGCAGAAUUUACACAUCAUUUUGUUGCAUUGACUUGUAAUAUUGUUUUUCGUCGUAAGAAAGUAAAGGGUAACUUGCCCUUGAGUCUACAGGUUAACGGUAUGAUACUUUCGAACAAGCUUGUUGAUCAGAGAUGGGACUCGGCUGGUGCAGUCUUUUAGUAUUACAUGUAUAUCUUAUGAAUCUUUUUUUGAAAUAAUUAAUUGGUUCCCAGUUAAUUUUCUUAGAAAAAUACUUUAUAACAAUACCCACUGAAUUCGCAGAUGAGUCAGACACAUUCACCCUUCACUCGGACACAUAUUUGUAUUAAGCGUUGAUUGGAUUAUACGUUCCCUAUUUUAUAAAUAUGCAAAUAUUCACAGAAACAGUCCUUUGUAAUUUUAUUCAUUUGUCAACAUGUUUACGAAAAUGAGUUUUGAAAAAGAAGACAAAUGUCAUGGUCACUUCACUUCAAACUUGACAACAACAGAACCAUUUGUAGCAAUAGGAAUAACACAGAAAAGUUUGCAAAUACACAGAUAAAACAUGAUGCGAUUCUUGCUGUUUGUGAGUCAUGAUAUAAAUUGGAAUUAAUAUGUUGUUGAUUCUCAUCCAUAUGCCUCUGUCAGCAGGUACACUCAUGUUCGCAAUUAAGGGCAAAUUGCGUUUGUCUUUAGGGCUAAUUGAGUUGGAACACAUAUUAUACUGUCUUAUCUACAAAAUAGAACAAACCACUCAAAAUAACUUUUUAUUAUUACAGAAUAAGGUAAUGUUUGAUAUAUCAAGUCAUUGGUGAAUGCUGUGAACUGCAUCUGGCUAAAAUGUUGAUGGUAUACCAGAAGUUACUAAUACCGUUUUAUAGCCCAAUUUAUUAUGAGGGAAUAUACAAUAACAUUUCACAUGAAAUUGUUUCAAGUUUUGAGUACUAAGGGUAAAGUGUUUGUUAUAAAGUCUCAAAUCAUGUGAAACGAAAUUACUUUUGCAAACUUUAAAUGUCAGACUCAAGGGCAAAAUCGACUCAAGGGAAAGCUACUCUAUUAUAAACGGAAUAUUUCAUGGUUUUGGUAUAUCGAUGUGUUGCGAUGUGUUGCUUGCACUCGUUGAUUGGGUAAAAUUGUAUUUCACUCGCUAAACAUCAUUCUGGUAGCUGUACUACUUUUGUUUUUCAAUACAUAGUCUACUUAACACAGAAAGUAUUGCACAGGUUUUGGCAUAUAAGACAUUAUAUGCAGAGAAUGGUAUAUAAUAAAUGGAAAAUGAAAUUAAUAUGUUGUUUUGGGAACGUUUCAGUCUGUAUGUGCAAUAUCACUUUACACAUUUUUUCUCAAUUUGUUUUAAAUCACUUGUUUGUUUUUUGCAUGUUUUAAUGUUCAGUCACUGCAAUAUUUGCUAUCUCAAUGUGAUACUUGUUUGUAUAUUAGACAACAAUUGUGUGUGCUGUAAUAAAUUAUAUAUAUUUUGAGUUGGGUUACAUGUUUAAAUGAGAGUUUCAAUCUGGAUUACAUCUAUCUCACAGAUAGGAAACCUAGCUCUGGAAAAACGGGGCUGGCUUAAUGCAUGUGCCCAAAUGUCGUCCUGAAUAGACUGUGCAGUUUGCACGCGCUAAUCAGGGAUAUCACUUCACGCCUAGAAAGGAUUAUCAUUAAGAAAAAACAAAAACAACAUAAAAGUGGAAAGUGUUCUCCCUGAUAAGCAUAUGAGUAUUGUUCUGAGAAAACUGGGCAUAAUGCAUGUGCGUAAAGUGUCGUCCCAGAUUAGCCUGUGCAGUCAGGGACGACACUUUCCGCUUAAACUUGAUUUUUGGUAAGAAGGGACUUCCUUCAAACUAAAAAUACCAUAAAAGCAGAAAGUGUCGUCCCUGAUUAGCCUGUGCGGACUUUACGCACAAGCAUUAAGCCCAGUUUUCUCAGAACAAGACACAUAUGAGGACUGCAUAGGAUAUAGUGGACAACAUUCUACCCACAUGCAUCAAGCAUAUUUUUUUUCCAGAACCAGGCUUAAAAAAAAAAACUCUUGGUAAACUGACAUGCACCACUUGGACACUAUUUGCAAGGUGGAAUGCUUGCUAUCCAAGUGGCGCAUGUCUUCAUAGAAUCAUUGUACUGCUAAUAAUUUUAUAAGGAAAUAAAGGAACAUUUGGGGAAAUAGUUACCUUAGCAACCGUGUAUGAAGAUCUGCUCAUAAAGGUGCAGAGUAGAUUGGAAUUUUAACCUGGUUCAUAAAGUAAACAUUUCACUGAUUUCUUUCGCAAGUUCCCAAUUAAAACCGGAGUUAACAGACCAAGAAUGCAUGGCAAAUGUGUCUGAGGCUAGUACUGGAAGUAGUGUUUGAUAUUCACAUAUUUUUAUAAGAUUUACAUAAGUACAUGUAAUAGAUUUUGUUUGAGUACGUGUGCUUGAAUGAGCUAGGUAAAAGCGUUUCUAUAUAUUAACAUGGCCCUAUGUGAUUUGUGCAUGUGAUUCCUUAAGAUGUCAUAGGUGUUUACUUGUACUUGAAAUGAUUUGAUCUAAUUGAUACAGGGCUGAUUUUGUUUUGACAUGUUAACUCCAUAUUCCUUACUUAAAAGGUCACAUAAUUGCAAACAAUCAAAUUACAAUGUAUGUCAAUUGUAUCUCUUGGGCAUGUUAUGCAUUUUUAACCGCUGCUUUUUAUAUCUAUAUUUAGACUAUUAAACCCCUGCUCACGAAUUUUGCUCUGUAUUGAUAUUGUCAACCGAUUUGAUCCCUUUUGUUUGUUUUGUCUUUUUGUAUGUUGUAUGUCUUAAAACACUGUCCUGUAUAAAUGCAUUGACCAUUCCGAAUUCAGCAUGUGAGCAUUUCGGUUUUUAUUUGGUAAUUUAAACAGUAUUGAGGGAGUAAUAUCACAAUUCAGUAAAGUUCCAUUUAACAAUAGCAGCUUGUCAAACAAUAACUAUAAAUCUCAUCGUCUGAUACCUACGACUAAUUCAUUCCGUUACUCUCCAGCAUUAUAAAUGGAGAGUAGCGGAAUGGGUCGAACGUGGGUAUCCCACGAUGUAUAAAUCUAUAUUUUGGAUUAAAGUCCUGUAAAUUUAUACACAUGUUUUAUUUUCAAAAUGUUCCUCUACUUAUGAAAAAAUUGCUUAGUGAAAACUAAAAUGACAAGAUAUAAAGAAGAUAUAAAGAUAUUUUUCAUGAAAUAGUGCAUAAAACUGAUCUAUUUUGCCAAUUUUUUUUUUUUCUUGUAUUUCAAUAAAAACCUUUAGACAUCGUUUGAUUGUGUGUCUUUUUAAUAUAAAAAGUUGUGUGAAAUGAGAAACAUUUUAAAGGGAUCUUUUCACAGUAUGGUAAAUUGACAAAAUUGAAAAAAGUUGUUUCAGAUUCGCAAAUUUUAGGUUUAGUUAUGAUAUUUGUGAGGAAACAGUAUUACUGAACAUUUGCCAUGGUCUUAUAUAGCCAUUAUAUGCAUGCUUUGACGAUUUAAAAAUUAUAUAAAGCGUUGCAACGGGAAACGAUUGAAUAAUUUGGAGAGUUCUGUUGUUGUCGUUUAAAUUUGUGAGACUACGAAGAUUGCUUAUAUAAUGUAUAAAAUACACAUCUUAUGUAUGCUUGGCUGGAUAGCUCAGUUGGCUAAUGGGUUUUUACUUCAGGAUUCCAGGGGUCACUGGUUUGAGCCCUGCUGCGGGCUUCUUUUUUUUCCUUUUAUAAAUUUAUUUUUGAUUUUUUUACUAGAGCUUUUAAAAUUUAAUGUUUACAUUUAUCAAUAUAAAGCAUUUAAUGACAAACUUCAAAACAUGCCAAAAUCUGUGAAAAGGCCCCUUUAAUUUUGAAUGCUUCUUUUACUCUCUAUAUAUAUAUCAUAUUUCAUGUAAGCCAAGGGUCUUCCCUUUUGUUCAAUUUAUCAUUUGGAAAACAUACAUAUAUUUUAACCCUUUACCACUUAGAUACGUAUUUUGACAUGUUUGUAGUCCCUUAGAAAGUUAACUUUAAUAUAAGACCUCGGUUAUUAGAUUCAAGUUUUAAAGGUAUAUUUCCACCCUUAGAUACUGAUGAGCAGCAAACAGCAUAAUACAUUAACAAUACAUUGCUUUGGUUUUUUGCUGGUUGCACAAGCCAAUUUCACUUUGCUUCUGAGUGGGAAAGGAAUACACAAUUAUGUUGUCUUUUGUCAUGUUUAAGCUUACAUUUGUAAAAGUAUCAUACAUAUUUAUUUUUGUUACUGUAUUGAUAAAAUAUGAAAAAAAGAA